AAUCCGCUAGCGCUAGCUUUGCUGCAGUAAUGUAGCAGGCCUGGCUCGAGACGCUCCAGUUCUCCUCGCGUCCCCUUGGUCCAGAGCCGUCAACCAUGACGUGACUUUCAGUCUCAAGGCUUCGAAGUGCUCGGAAAAUGCGUCGACACGUUCGUCUUGUAUCCGUGUGCGUGGUCUCGGUGUUCGUGUCGGUGCUGUACGUGUUCGAGCAACUCGCGUCCUCUCUGGAGACCGAAGCCGGAUGGCGCGAGCCGCUACCGGAGCGAGGCGCGCGGGCAGGAGGCCUCAGCCUACCUCACUCCGAGCACAGAGCCUAUUUUUCUCGUUCUGUCAGGUGUAAGUCAAUGUCUGUCACACACUGGAAUCCAUAUUGGAGACUGCCCCGUGAUGUUUGUGGAAAGAACUGCUUUAUGGAGUCGGCUCGUAGGUAUGCUGUGGGUAAAACAUCAUCUGCGGUGCUUGAGUUGGGCAGAACCGAGCCGGUCAUGUUGGCAGUGGUGGCAUGUGGCCCCAGGCUUGAGGAGACUCUCACCAUGCUGAAGUCUGCGGUUCUCUUUAGUCGCAGAACUCUCCACUUUCACAUCUUUGCUGAGGAUGAGCUCCAUUCAGGCUUCAAAGAUGCUUUGGAGUCGUGGCCAGCGAGGUUCCGUUCUAAAUUUAACUACACUACCUACCCCAUCACCUUCCCCAGUGACAAUGCCAAGGAAUGGAAGAGACUGUUUAAACCCUGUGCUUCCCAAAGGCUUUUCCUACCUCUGAUCCUAACUGAGGUGGAUUCUCUGCUCUACGUGGACACAGACAUCCUGUUCCUGCAGCCAGUAGAAGAGAUCUGGAACUUUCUCUCCCAGUUUAACAGCAGUCACAUGGCAGCCAUGGCACCUGAGCACGAGGAGCCGAGAAUCGCCUGGUAUAACCGUUUUGCGCGGCACCCCUACUACGGCAAAACAGGCGUCAACUCUGGAGUCAUGCUCAUGAACAUGACGCGCAUCAGAGCCACACGCUUCAAGAAUGAUAUGACGACAGUUCACCUGAGAUGGAAGGAAUUGCUUAUGCCACUACUACAGAAAUACAAGCUUAACAUUACAUGGGGGGACCAAGAUCUCCUUAAUAUCAUAUUCCACUACAAUCCAGAAAGCCUGUUUGUGUUCCCGUGCCAUUGGAACUACCGCCCGGACCACUGCAUCUACGGCAGCAACUGCGCUGCCGCCGAGGAACACGGGGUUUACAUUCUCCAUGGCAAUCGAGGUGUUUACCAUGAUGACAAGCAGCCUGCAUUCCGAGCCAUUUAUGAAGCCAUUCAGAAAUACCCAUUUGGAGAAGAUGCAAGCAAAUUUCUACUUAAACCUCUAGAGAAAAAACUAAAGAAUACCCUGCAUACGUACUGCGGACGAUCCGGCCACCUUUUCACCAAGAAGUUACAGGAGAGCGUCAGAAACCUUCAGAACGACAACCACAAUGCACGAUGAUCUCAUCCAUCUCCUCGGGUCAUCCUGAUAAUCCUGUACGACGGAAAAGGAAGGUGAAAUGUGGCACUAAGAUCACUUUUACAUGGCAUCCGGAGUCCAAUUUUGACAGUCAAACAUUGUUCCUAGAAACAGCUCCUCACUACAGCCCUGUUUCCAUUUUUUUUUCUUUUCUUUAAUCAUAAGCUAAUGAUGAAGCUAAAUAAGUGUGUUGGUACUGCAGGCUGUGAAUAAUAAUUUUUCGAGCACUAACAUGGAAUGCGGCGUGAAAUUUCAUCACCUUCAACAUUAAGCCUUAUUUCUAUCCAGGGAUGGGUAAAUACAUUUUGUCUACUGAUUUGAGUUCAGUUUUAUUAUUAUUAUCAUCAUCGUCGUUUUUCCGAUAUUGUUGUAAGGUUGCUGGUUUGUAGGAUUAGAAAAUGAGCCUAACUGAACCUCUGUGUGAAUGGAAACUAAUCCGAGGAUCUAAUAGGUACAAACAAUGACCUAUAUGGAUCGGUUAAGCUUACUAACUUAUAGAUAUGACAUGGGCGAUAAUAAAUCGCUGACUUUCAUUGGUCAAGUUUUUCCAUGUAUUCCUAACUGUUCCACAGCUACAUUUUCAGGUGAAGAACAUUUUUACAUUUUAUACAUGGUUAGGAUUUUAUGUUUGUAACACAUGACCAUAUCAUCAAGGGCUCGGACAAUGUGUACAUCAUUACACACUACAUGUGUUUAAAAACAUUUUAACUGUGUUCUUCCAAGUAAGAUUGAUGGGGGUCCAAGUGCAAAAGCCCUGUUGUUUUUUGUUAAUAUGUUUGUUAUUUUGAUUCUCUUAUAAAAAGAGAAUUAAGCAAAUUUGGCAGAUACUCCUAAAGAGGAAGAAAGCGCUGGCCUGAUGGUGGCGCUAUAAUGUACUGUUUAAUGUUUUCUCGUGAGUCCCUUUGCCACUUGUCAGUUUUGAUAUGUUUACGGACACAGGCAGUGCACUCUAAUCUUAUAAACGACCGGCAGGUCUUUAAAAAGGGCAAACGUUAUUAAAAUACUAAUACACAUACCUAUUUCUGAAAUUCCACUGAGUAUACAAGACAAAAUGAUAAAAAUAAAAUGUAAUUAAGUAAAAAGGUGAGGGUUUUCUUUCUUGCUCUGCUUAAGCUGGGCCUCGUGAUCACUAUAUAUCAUUGAUACUAGACUCCAGGUGCUUUGAUUAGUGAAUUCUGAUGGUUUUAAAAGUCUUCAAGCAUAUUUCUAUUUUUGAUUUUGUUAUUAUACUUAAUUUGGUACCAUGCAAAUAUAUUUUUUUAAAUAUUCUACACUAUGUUCCCUGGCCUUUAAAUCUUAUGUGGUAUUGUUUACAAUUAAUAAUAUAUCCAUGAAAUUUAUGAUGUAAAAAAAAAUAAACGAAAUGAAUUUUUUUUAUAAUAUAAUAUUUUGAUAAUUAAUGUUCCUGAAACAUUUUCCAGGUUCUUUUCAAUCACUAAAGAUGUGUUCGAGACGGAAGGGUGCUUGGCAGCUUGUGUUAUUAAAUAGUUUACUGAACUGAAGUAGCAAUGAAAACUUAAACUUCACAGCCACCUUUUCAGUCUGAAAUCGAAACUUCAUUUCGGAUUCCCUAUCGGUUCUGUAAGAAACGUCACGGACUGGUUAUAAUCGAAAACCAUCUCUUUGCGUUUGCUCUAUGUGACAUUAAAUAUUGAGUGAUGAGCCAGAGUGCAUACUUAUCAUACACCAGAACAGAACAUUUUUAUCACCAUCCACACUGAAUAACAACGUAUAGUUCUGAUGUACAACAUAUCUGUAACGUUAGGAUUCGUUUCUGAAUAUCCAAAAUGUUUUGUAUUGGAAUUCAUUUAAUGUGAUCGUGAAGAUUGUGUGUUAAUGUCCAUCAUGGUACCUGAUUUCUGAAUGUAAAUGUUUGGAAUGAUGCAGUAUAUUUUUGUAAUAAACGUUGCACUUUUAAUUAUG